AUGCGCUCCGAUCAAAGGAACCGUCGAACCCGGUUGGAAAACAAAAAGAGGUCAUCAUCCCUCCGCCCGAAAAAACCAUGCAUAAGACGCCAAGAUGCUAUCACGAGUCAUCCCCUUGCCGAGCAUCUGCGCGGCGAUGCCCUAGCAUGGUUCACCAACCUCCGGGCCGAUUCCAUCGACAGCUUCGACAAUCUGGCAGCCGCUUUCCUAAAGCAACACCUCCGUUUCGCACUAGACGACCUCGUCCUCUGCAAAACCGAUGGUGACACGAUCUAUGGUCUCGGCAAAUUCGGCCCCGAUUGGGAAGGACCAUUCCGCAUCGCGAAAGUCGUCAAACCAGGAGUUCUAUCAGCUGGAAGACAACCUAGGCAUCACGUCCGAUCGCCUCUGGAGCUCUUCGGACAUGCGCAAGUUCCAUGA